GUGACUCUGCUGAGGAUGGACAUCCUGCAAGUCCUGACGCUCUGCUGCCUUAUCCACGGCUCUCUGCAGGGGGUGCACCAGCGGUCUCUCUACAAGGAGCUGAUGAGGAACUACAACCCGUUAGAGCGGCCGGUCAGCAACGACUCCCACAGCCUCACCGUGCACUUCAGCUUCAGCCUGCUGCAGAUCAUGGAUGUGGACGAGAAGAACCAGGUCCUGACCACCAACAUCUGGCUGCAGCUGUACUGGACAGAUUUCUACCUGCAGUGGAACGUGUCCGAUUAUCCAGGUGUGACCAACGUCAGAUUCCCCGACAGUCAGAUCUGGAGGCCGGACAUCCUUCUGUACAACAGCGCUGAUGAGAGGUUUGAUGCCUCAUUCCACACCAACAUCCUGGUCAACUCCAGCGGAUACUGCCAGUACCUGCCCCCAGGGAUAUUUAAGAGCACGUGCUACAUCGAUGUGCGCUGGUUUCCCUUCGACGUGCAGCGCUGCGACCUGAAGUUCGGCUCCUGGACGUACGGCGGCUGGUCUCUGGACCUGCAGAUGAUCCCAGCCGACAUCACUGGAUACAUCGCCAACGGAGAGUGGGACCUCGUGGAGGUCCCUGGGCGGAGGAGCGAGCGUUUCUAUGAGUGCUGCAAGGAGCCGUACCCCGACGUGACCUUCAGCGUGGUGAUGAGGAGGAGGACGCUGUACUACGGCCUGAACCUCCUCCUGCCCUGCGUCCUCAUCUCCACGCUGGCUCUGCUCGUCUUCCUGCUGCCCGCCGACUCCGGGGAGAAGAUCUCUCUGGGGAUCACCGUGCUCCUCUCUCUCACCGUCUUCAUGCUGCUGGUGGCUGAGAUCAUGCCGGCGACCUCCGACUCGGUUCCUCUCAUCGCUCAGUACUUUGCCACCACCAUGGUGAUCGUGGGUCUGUCAGUCAUCUCCACGGUUCUGGUUCUGCAGGUCCACCACCACCACCCUGACGGAGGACACAUGCCUCAGUGGACCCGGGUGCUCCUGUUGAACUGGUGCUCCUGGUUCCUGAGGAUGCGUCGCCCCGGGGAGGAGAGGGUGCGUCUGUCCUGCCCCCAGGCCUCGGAGCAUGGGGGGGGAAGCAGGUCCCCCCCCCACAUACAGGUCACCAACGGCAACCUCCUGUACCUGGGCUUCAGGGGAGGGGAGGGGCUGCGCUGCGCCUCCCCCUCUGACCCCGAGCUGCUCCAGAUCCUGGAGGAGGUGCGGUUCAUCGCCGGGCGGCUCCGGGGGCGGGACCAGGGGGAGGCGGCCUGCAGCGAUUGGAGGUUUGCGGCGGCGGUGAUCGACCGCCUCUGCCUCCUCGCCUUCUCCCUCUUCACCUCCCUCUGCUCCAUCAGCAUCCUCCUCGCUGCUCCUCACUUUGGGGAGGCUCUCUCCAAAGACUUCUUCAGCUGA